AUGAGUCUCAUCCUUCAUAUAUGUGUCAUCCUUUUUGCAGGUGUCACAGCUGAAGCAUUAUCCUAUGAUUACACUGCCAGCAUUGAAUGUUUGGCAAAUCCACACAAGCCUCAGUAUAAUGGAGGAAUCGUCCAAAACCCAGAACUGAAUGAUGGACUAAAAGGGUGGACUGCAUUUGGGGAUGCAAAAAUAGAACAUAGAGAAUCAUCAAACAACAAAUAUGUGGUAGCCCGUAGCAGAAAUCAAGCACAUGAUAGUGUUUCCCAGAAAAUUUACCUGCAAAAGGAGAAGCAUUAUACCUUAUCAGCUUGGAUACAAGUGAGUGAGGGAAAUGUUCCAGUUACAGCAAUGGUCAAAACAACUAAAGGAUCCAAAUUUGCUGGUGCCACUUUUGCUGAGUCUAAGUGCUGGUCUAUGCUUAAGGGUGGUCUCACAGCAGAUACAUCAGAAAUUGUUGAGCUAUAUUUUGAGAGCAAUAAUACUUCUGUGGAAAUAUGGAUAGACAACAUUUCCUUGCAACCAUUUACAGAAAAGCAAUGGAAGUCUCAUCAAGAUCAAAGCAUUGAGAAGGCUCGCAAGAGGAAGGUAUUAGUCCAAGCAAUUGAUGACCAAGGAAACCCUUUACCAAAUGCAAGUAUAUCUAUCACGCAGAAGAAGUCAAGUUUUCCAUUUGGAAGUGCCAUAAACAAUUACAUCCUAAACAACAGUGCAUACCAAAACUGGUUCACAUCAAGGUUCACAGUCGCCACAUUUGCAAAUGAAAUGAAGUGGUACACCACAGAAUACGCACAGGGCAAGGAGAACUACCCUGUUGCUGAUGCCAUGAUGCAGUUCGCAAAGCAACACAACAUUGCGGUUCGCGGCCACAACAUAUUCUGGGAAGAUCCAAAUUACCAACCAAGUUGGGUUCCUUCACUCUCACCAGACCAACUCCGCUCAGCAGUUAUUAAGAGGGUGAGUUCGGUUGUGUCUAGAUACAAGGGCCAGCUUAUUGGUUGGGAUGUUAUGAAUGAGAAUAUGCACUUCUCAUUCUUUGAAGAUAAACUUGGACAAGAUUUUUCAUCACAGUCUUUCAAAUUGGCUCACUAUAUUGAUGGGGAAACUACUUUGUUCUUGAAUGAAUAUAACACCAUUGAGGAUGGUAGAGAUGGUUCAUCAACCCCUGCAAGGUAUAUCCAGAAGAUCAGACAAAUCCUAAGUUAUCCCGGAAAUGGAGGAUUGCCACUUGGAAUUGGGUUGGAGUCUCAUUUCCCUAACUUCCCUCCUAACUUGCCUUUCAUGAGAGCUUCCAUUGAUACUCUUGCUUCCACUGGUUUUCCAAUUUGGAUUACAGAAUUAGAUGUUGCAAACCAACCUGGACAGGUAGAGUAUUUUGAACAAGUUCUUAGAGAAGCACACUCACAUCCAAAGGUUCAGGGCAUUGUAAUGUGGACAGCUUGGUCACCAAAUGGAGAUUGUUAUAGGAUUUGCUUGGUAGAUAACAAUUUCAAGAACUUGCCUGCAGGGGAUGUUGUGGACAAGUUGCUAAAUGAAUGGGGGUUAAGAAAACUAUUAGGGAAGACAGACCAAAAUGGGUUCCUUGAUCUCUCUCUAUUUCAUGGAGAUUAUGAAAUUGAAAUUAGUCACCCAGUCAAGAAGGAUUCCACUUUCACUCAACAUGUACAAGUGAUUCCAAAAGAUGAGUCCAAGAAAGCAACACAAUUUGUACAACUUUCUAUGUAGUUAUUUUUUUUAUAAGCAUCUAG